GUGAAGGCAGUGCUCGUUUGGGUCGCGCUCGGGCUAGUCUCGCGAGGUUUGACGCCGUGUCGCAAGCGGAGUUGCCUGCCUUCCACCCGGGGCGUCGAAAGCAACCCCUUUAAAAGACUUCGUGCGUGCAAUCAAACGGGGAUUUUGCAACCUUUCGCAAGACGACAAGCUGAAGUUGAAAGUUGUCCCACAACGCGAGGGGAAGGAAGAGCCCGUUUCUUUUGUGGUUUUUGUAACUUUUGGGCAAGUUGAAGUCCGGCUGCAGACCAAGAGAGUUUCCGUCGAGUCGAUAGUCGGUGGUCGGCAGCAAUGUCGCAGAAAGAGAGACCCAAGUUUUACCUACAGGAGGUCAACAAAGCCAUAUGGGAAGUCCCGGAACGCUACCAGAACCUGUCUCCGGUCGGCUCCGGUGCCUACGGAUCCGUUUGCUCCGCUUACGACGUGAAGAGCGGCUUGAAAUUAGCAGUGAAGAAGCUGUCCAGACCCUUUCAGUCCAUCAUCCAUGCCAAGCGCACCUACAGGGAGUUGCGCUUGCUGAAGCACAUGAAACAUGAAAAUGUGAUUGGCCUCUUGGAUGUUUUCAGCCCUGCCACUUCUUUGAAGGAGUUCACAGAUGUGUACCUUGUUACUCAUUUAAUGGGUGCAGACCUCAACAACAUCGUAAAAUGUCAAAAGCUGACCGACGACCACGUGCAGUUCCUCAUAUAUCAGAUCCUCAGGGGGUUGAAGUACAUUCACUCAGCAGACAUCAUACACAGAGAUCUGAAACCCAGCAACCUGGCAGUGAAUGAAGAUUGUGAGCUCAAAAUUUUGGACUUUGGCUUGGCGCGGCACACCAACGACGAGAUGACCGGCUACGUGGCGACACGCUGGUACCGUGCCCCAGAGAUCAUGUUGAACUGGAUGCAUUACAACAUGACAGUGGAUAUUUGGUCGGUGGGCUGCAUCAUGGCAGAACUUCUCACAGGAAGAACUUUGUUCCCAGGAACGGAUCAUAUUGAUCAGUUGAAGCUAAUCAUGCUGCUGGUUGGAACACCGGGGCCUGAACUCUUGAUGAAAAUUUCUUCAGAGUCUGCCCGGUCCUACAUCAGCUCCUUGCCCCACAUGCCUAAGAGGAAUUUUGCUGACGUGUUUAUUGGCGCCAAUCCGCAAGCCGUAGACCUCCUGGAGAAAAUGCUAGUUUUGGAUACAGACAAGCGGAUAACAGCUGCCGAGGCGCUGGCCCACCCGUACUUCACUCAGUAUCACGACCCGGACGACGAGCCCGAGGCCGAGCCGUACGACCAGAGCUUUGAGAGUCGCGAGCUCGAGAUCGAAGAGUGGAAACGGUUGACCUAUGAGGAAGUGUGCAGUUUUGAGCCGCCCAUAUUUGAUGAGGACGACAUGCAGUAACAGGAAUUUCCUCCUGCCGGUACAGUGACUCCAUCAAGACAAUUUGUACAUUUUUGAAUUAGUCGCCAACCAGACUUUGAUGAUGAUUUUGCUGCCAGAGGACAUCAAACCACUAAAUAUGAUUUCACUUUUCAUUGUCAUUCAAGUUUCAUUUUAAUCUUUGGUUUAAAAAAAAAAAAAAACAGUCGACUUUUCACUGUGACACUCGGGAGGCUGGAAAACGUGGAUCCUUAUAGCUGUUUUACAUUGUCCUCUUAAGUAUUUUAUAAUUGAAAGUAAAGAAAAUGUUCAUCUACCAUUCAUCGUGUGAAGCUGGAACGUAGCUACCGUUGUUGUGACAACAACUUUCUUUCACCAUUUUCAUAUGACUGAAUGUUGACCACGUUUGCAAAUUCAAAGUUGAGUGACUUUUUGUUGUUGUUGACAUUUUACAAUUCAGUGUAUAUUUCAAAAAGGGCUUCACUUAAGAAUAUUUGUUAUCGUGCCAUAUUUAAAGUGGAUUGUGCGUCACUGUCUGUAAUCUUUCCACAUAUGUUUGCGUGAGUGCUUUAUUGCUUUAAGUGUCAAUGCACGGAUAGAAAACCUGCUUUAAAUGAGUAAAAGAGCUAUUUCAGAUCUAUUUAUACUUUCUGGAAGGUGUAUUUAUAAAUGAGAACUCCCAGCAUCUAUUUUCAGUCCAACAGAGUAACAAUUUGUCAUUUGAUAAGCAAAAUAAAAACUAUUUUUAAGACA